GUUCGAUCUCUGGGGGGGAUGUGGCCGUCGCUGCUCGCCUUGGACUGCCGUGUUGAAAGCGGCGGGCCGUCGUUGAGCGGGCGUCGUUGAAUUUGGCAUCCAGUCGCCCUCUCGACUCCACACGCAGCUCCGGAUCAUAGGCCGUCCCGUGCCUCCCUCCCCUCGACUCUCGACCCCGCAAACAAAAGGACGACUCCUUGCUUGGCUUGCCUUUCUCCCCCUUUCCUUGCCAACAUCGCCUCGCCUCAACCAACGAUCUCUCCUCGAUAUCACCUCGAUCUACAUCACGACGCACUUCCACAACAUCACAUCUCGACUUCUCGACUCCACAGACGCAUGAACGUCCCCUUCCCCUCCGCUGCUGAAGGGGCAAAGACGACGUCGUCCGGCCCUGGCAUGUCCAUCGAGAUACCGAGUCGUGGCAGUAGCAGUGCUUCAUCGUCAGAAGAACGCAAAGAGCAACAGCACGGCAUCGGCACAACCGCGUCAAGUGGCGGCAGCGCCUCGCAUCCCAACAUUACUACCGCUGCCGGACGCAGCUUCCACCAUCAUCCUCGACAGCCUGGACCAUCCUCCGAGGGUUACUUCUCUGGCUCCCUCAGCAGCAGCACAAGUAGCGGCGCACCUCCUCGCACGCCUGGGCAGCAGUCUUACCGAGGCCACAGUCGCAACGUCAGUCAGAGCUCUGCCAUCUCUGCCCUCUCCAAGUCGCAUCCCAUGACGUCUAGCCUAAGUGGGCCAGGAGCAGCUCAGCCGCCACCAAGCGCGAUGCCUGACUGGGGCGCUCACUCAGGCGACUGGCAUGGUGGUGCAGCCGGUGGAUUGCCCAGCCCCAGCACUCUGACCGACAUUCUCCUUGGCUUGCACUCGACUCUCUACGGCGCUAAGCGUAGCCCGGAGGAGAUCCGCGAGAUGGUCUGGCGUUACUACGAUGCCGAUGCUGCCUUCGAGAGUCCCCUUCUCGCUGCAAAGGGGAGAGAACAAGUCGCCAACCAAUUCAUCAUGGCUUUCGCGCUCCCUGGCAUGGAUGUGACCUCUGAGCUGCGGGACGUCAUCUGCAGCGACUUCGAAUUCGAUGGCACACGAGCAGGCAUCAUCGACCAAACGAUCUCGGUUACCUUCUUGCCUUCAAUCUUUGGCUCAGACGACAGCGUCCCUCCCAGCGCUGCUGGCAAUUCUCGUGACCUGUCAGGCCACCACUCGCAUUCUGCCCAUCCAGCUGGCAUCACACCGCACCCCUUCGCAGACUACCGUACGCCGGGAGCGUCAGCAUUCGGUCAUGCACAGCACAGUCCAGUGACACCGUUCACAUUGAGUAGCUUGUGGGCUGGCGGAUCUUCUCGACCUCAUACUCCCGGGGGCGGCGGCGGCGGCGCCAGUAGCAUGCGCCCCUUUACUACUCCAGCCCCCCGUCAAGACUCCGGUGGCUCUCUGGACGAGGACACCAAUCAUGGACUGCCCCCUUCCACCGUCUUUGCAUCAGCUGAGCAGACUGGCGGAGGCAGCGUGUCUCGAUUGAAGAUGCCAACGGACGCUGUCACGCCUCAUUGGGCCCAUGAGGGCGGACUGGGCAGAGGCACCGUCGCCAAUCUACUCUGGGGGCUCUUUCAUCCUCGAGCGAUGCUCAAGCGUCUUUGCACCAUCAACCUUCGCCUGAUGAGCCGCCUCGAAUUCAACGAUGCCGGACACAUUGUCCGCCACGAAGACACAUGGGGCGUCAGAGAGACCAUCGAGGGCACCAUUCCCUUUGCCUCACUCCUGUACGCUCUCGAGCGCCGAGUGGUCGGCUACAUCACAUCCUGGGCAGUCGACAAGGGCUUCUCCCUUUCAGCCGCCCUCCACCAUCGCGGCGCCCUCACUAAUCAGCCUCAUGGCACCGACGCUCGCGGGGAUGAGGUUGCCCUGUAUGACCGCAAAGACCACGACUUCACAGCCAAUGACGCAGCUCAUGCCCUCCUCGGCCGCACGCCGCGCGGGUCGACGUUUAUGCAGCACGAGAAUUUCCAGACCAUCUCGAGAUCUCGAGCGCCGUCACCUACGCGAUUCGGCUGGGGAGGAUCGCAGAGCCACUCUGGCACGCCCUACGUCACCGGUACACGCAGCCGGGCCCGCUCUUCUGCUAGCCUAUAUGGGUCGAGGGCGGCGAGCUCGGACAACCUCGUCGGGAUGGCGAGCAGUGGGGGUGGUGGGUCGAUGCCGUACUUUGGCACAGCGACUGGGUAUGAGCGCGGCGCAGACAAGGAGCUGCCGCCUGACAGCUCUGCCCGCUAUCGCGGUGCUUUGAACAAGCGCCUCGACGGUGGCAGGUCGAACAGCAUUACGUCUGCACCGCCGCACGAACUGGCCGGCUCUGCCUUUGCCAGCGACGACUUUGUGCGCAAGGAGCGCGACUCUAGUGUGCCCUGAUAAGACGGGGACAAUAAAACUCUCAUAGCCUCUAAUCUAUUUUAUUCCCGUGUAGUAGCAUCGUUCUCCAAAAUAUCCAUUUGAGUCUCUCC